AUGUUUGCAGGCACUUCACUCCCUCAUUCGGAGAGGACACCAUUACUCGGAAACGAAGCGACAAUCGAGAACGGCGAUGACAAUGGUAUUACUAGAGAGUCAAGCUCAAGCACACCCGAGGACGUGGACGUCCCAUUGGCAGAGGAGCUUACGACAAAGCAGUUGCUCUUGGUCUUGUCCAGUAUCUGGGUUGGGGUUUUCCUCGCUGCGUUGGAUGCCACCAUCGUUAGCACCAUUGCGGCUCCCAUAUCUUCGUCAUUCAAUUCGCUCUCACUUCUGUCGUGGCUCGCAACCGCUUACCUCGCAUCGAACGCCGCAUUCCAGCCCCUCAGCGGCAAAUUAACGGACAUUUUCUCCCGGCGCACGGGCCUGGUAGCCUCGAACAUACUCUUCGCGAUCGGCAACCUCAUCUGUGGCCUUGCGAAGAAUGAAUGGGUGAUUAUCUUUGGCCGCACGGUGGCUGGAAUGGGCGGAGGGGGCAUCACGGCUAUUGCCACCUUUAUCAAUUCCGACCUUAUCCCUCUCCGAAGCCGGGGAAUGUGGCAGGGUAUUGGGAAUCUCUGCUAUGGUCUAGGGAGUGCUUUGGGUGGCGUCUUUGGGGGCUGGAUGAACGACAACUGGGGCUGGCGUUGGGCGUUCCUUAUCCAAGUGCCAUGUAUGAUGGUGUCUACUCUCCUAGUUUUGUGGAAGGUCGACAUCCCAGUCAAAGUGACUGAUAAAUCAAGGCUGAAACGGAUUGAUUUUCUCGGUGCAGCGACCCUCGUUGCCACCCUUGUUCUACUACUCGUGGGCUUGAACUGCGGGGGGAAUCAAGUCCCUUGGAACCACCCAUUGAUUUGGACUACACUCCCGUUAUCUGUGGUGUUUUUCAUUUUGUUUAUCUACGUGGAAGAGAAGGUUGCCACUGAACCGGUUAUCCCUGUUCGUCUCCUUCUGGACCGCACUGUCCUUUCAGCAUGUUUAACCAAUUGGUUCUGCACCAUGGCAGUCUUUGCUGUCCUGUUUUAUGCACCGUUUUACUUCCAGGUCCAAGGGUAUUCUGCCACAAUGGCUGGACUACGACUGGCACCCCAGGCCGUAGGUACAGCUAUUGGAUCCCUGGGCUCGGGGAUCCUAAUGCGUGUUACUGGCCGUUAUCUCCACUUCAACUACGUUUCAACUGGCAUUAUUGUUUUGCCUUUGGCUCUGAUGACCACAUACACUCUCACAACACCUCCAUGGCAACCCUUUGUUCACAUCUUCAUACUUGGUCUGGGAUAUGGCAGCAUGCUUACUGUGACGCUGGUCGCACUGAUCGCCGCCGUCGAGCAUGAGCACCAAGCUGUUGUCACAUCGGCCUCGUAUGCUUUCCGGAGCACGGGGGGCUCGAUAGGUAUCACUUCUGCCUCAGCCGUGUUCCAGAAUCUACUCAGAACCGGGCUAUGGUCAAGGUUCGGUGACCGGGAGGACGCAGCCAAGAUAAUUAAAAAAGUCCGGAACAGUCUUGAUGCGAUCAAUAAAGUCCCAGCAGACUGGCGUCCAGGUGUGCUGGAUGCAUAUAUGGAAGCUCUAAGAGGAGUAUUUGGCGCAAUGUUGGGGCUAGCAGUAUUAGGUGGUGGAUAUACGCACAGAGCAUUGGACUGA